GAGUUGUCUCAUGAAGAAGUGUAGAAAAUGCCUAAUAAAAAGAGUCAGGCAAGGAAGAAACAGUUAAAGGAGAAAAAAAAAGAAAAGAAAGAAGAUGAAAACGAAACGCAAUAUUUGGAGGAGAUUAUAGACACAGAAGAGAAUGUAGCAAAAGAUUUUGACUUUCUAAUGAAUGCUCCAGUUUCUGUAGAUAACUACUUCGUUCUACCGUCAGAAAAAACGUUUGGUGUUGACACGUCUAAAUAUUCAGAGUACUUUACGCUCGAUUUGAAAACAUUGUCUGCAGCAGUAGAAACAAUUCCAUUCAAUGAGAUUGUUGAUAUUGAUGCUAGGUAUUUUACUAACGAUCAGUUAACAGACAUUCAUAAUAAAGCAGAACAGGGUAAACAAAAAUAUAAUGAAAUUCUAAACAAAUUAAAAGUUGUUAGCGACGUAAGAAAUGUAGAAGAAAGUCGAGACUCGAUUGAUGAUACGACUGAAGAUUUAGAUUUUUUACUAUCACUUAAAGAACCUGUGGAAGAACCUCUGACAGUGAAAUCAUUAUCCGUGUCAUCUAAUACCGAUACAAAGAAAUCAACUAAAUCUGGUGUAUCUGUGAAAUCUAUAGAUCUGGAGAAAUGGUUGGAUUCUGUGUUAGAUGAUUAAGAACUACAAUCAGAUAGGAACUUUCGCGUUGAGAUAUGCUUUCAUGUGUUCAUAAACUAUAAGCAUAAUCGCACCACCCGG